AUGGCUACUUCAGACAUAUCGAUGAUUCUACCAAGGGUUCUCAUUGUGUCUCGACGAACUGUUCGCAAGAAAAAGUUUGUUGAUUUUGUGGGUGAAUACCAUCUAGAUCUCAUUGUAAGAUAUGGUGCAGUACCUGUGAUUGUCCCAAGAGUCAGUGGAGUCCACAUGCUACUUGAAAGUUUUGAACUUAUACAUGGAGUUCUUCUCUGUGAAGGAGAAGAUAUUGAUCCAUCCCUUUAUGAUGCAGAAUUGACUGGUUUUUCCCCUGAAGAACUUGAAGAAAUUAGGAAACUACACGCAAGUGAUACCGCCAUUGAUAGAGAGAAAGACUCCAUUGAACUAAGACUCGCAAAGCUGUGCCUCGAGAGAAAUAUACCAUACUUGGGAAUAUGUAGGGGGUCACAAGUCCUCAAUGUGGCAUGUGGGGGUACCCUUUAUCAAGAUGUAGAGAAAGAGCUAUCAAAGAAAUGUACUGAUGGGAGUGAAAGAGUGAGUCAUUUGAACUAUGAAGAUUAUGAUGGGCAUCGCCACGCGGUGAGGAUUGUGGAGGAUACCCCUUUGCAUCACUGGUUUGAGGAUUCUUUAGAAGAUGAAAAAAUGGAAAUCAUGGUGAAUAGUUAUCACCAUCAAGGUGUUAAGAGAUUAGCUCAGCGAUUUGUUCCCAUGGCUUUUGCUCCAGACGGCUUGGUUGAAGGAUUUUAUGACCCUGAUGCUUAUAAUCCCAAGGAGGGCAAGUUCAUCAUGGGUCUUCAAUUUCAUCCAGAGCGAAUGCGACAUCCAGAUUCUGAUAAUUUUGAUUAUCCAGGAUGCUCAUCUGCAUAUCAGGAAUUUGUGAAAGCAGUAAUUGCCCAUGAGAAGAAGCUUAAUUGCUCAGCAUAUGUGCCAAAGGCUUCAAAGCUUAAUCUGGAAUUGGAGAUGAAGAGAAAGACAAUUCUAAGAAGUUUUUCAAUUGCAAAAAACCUGUACAUUUCUGGGCAUGGAAUGAUUUCAAGCCAGGGAUCCGAAUUGAUAACUGGAGCUGAGUUUCUCGAGGCGAACAAAGCAUUGAGUUUGCAGCAAGAGAAUAGGCUAAAGCAGAUGGGUGCAACAGUGAGGAAUUCAUCGAUGUACCUUGAGAAACUGAUGAAGAAUGAGGAAAGGGAAAGAUUUGCAAGGAUCAUAAUGGAGAAGAUGUCAAUAGAACAGUUAUCUGAUUUAAUGUCAUUAUACGAAAUGAUGGGCCAAAAAUGUUCAGAGGAGUUAGAGAAAAAGCUUCAAGACCUAAUGAAAGAAGAUAACUGAACUUCAAUUUGAUUUGGUUUA